GGUUAACACCGCAACAUUUAGCACUGUGUGUAAAUCAAUGUAUGUCUGUAUAUAAGUCCCUCAUCUAGAGUGACUUACAGCAGUGACUGCGUGUAUACAUCUUCAUACUUUCUCAUUCUGGCCCCUGGCGGGAAUUGAACCCCCAACCCUGGCAUGCUCUAUCCUUUUAUACAUGUUAGUCAUUUAGCAGAUGCUCCCAUUGAGAGCAAUGUAUUGCUGCUGGUGAAAACAUUUUAACACAGCUAAGUGGGACAACCAAGUAGAAGUCCAAAGUUGUAUCAUUAGGAUGCAUUCAACAAGCUCAAACAAAGCUCCCCCCGCCCCAGACAUCAAAAUCACCCAUCUCCAGUUCACAAGUUACAGGCUUCUAAUCCUGCAGAGCUCAACCAGCCUGUUGGAAGAGGUAGAAUACAAACACACUGUUAAAUCAGCAGACAUGUACCUAAAGCUAAUUUAAUGUUUCAGAAAAAAAAGCUGAUAAUAGACGUUCCAAUGCUCCUCUUGUGUGUGCCAUGCAGCCCUCGUCUCUUUGGAUCAUUAUUGGUUGCAGUACAAUUAUCACGUGUACUGUUCUGCCACCUGAGGAAAUAGUUUUAAGCAACUGAUCUGUCAGUAAGAGUGUAUUUGCUUGUAAAACUCAUUUAGAAGCAUAUACACGUGUGCGUAUGUAUGUGUCUUUCUGUAUUUCUGUGCUCUUCACGUGCACAUGUUUUUGGUAGCUGUUGGUCACCAGGACAGUCCAUCCCAGGUCAGUCCAUUCCCAGGACAGUCCAUUCCCAGGACAGUCCAUUCCCAGGACAGUCUGGCCUCCCACUCAAUAGGUAGAUAAAUCAGGCCCCAGACUACGGCUGACACCCUGGUGUGACUUGGAGCUCCCUCACGCAGCCUUCAGAAAAAGGCCUAGCAAAGUUUAUAUGUGUGUGUGUGUGUAUGUUUGUGUCUGGGUGUGUGUGUGUGUGUGUAUGGAGUUUAUAUAACGUAUGCAUGCAGGUGUGUGUUGAAAGUGGGUUAAACGAAGGCCAUCCCAGGGGGGAUCACUUGAGGGGACACCUUCUCUGGCAGAAAGGCGCUAGCCGAUUAGCGUUUGUGUUCACAAGGCUGAUUUCCAUCCUCCCUGCCCUGGCUUGCGUGACCCAGUCGUCCCCGUGAAAUCCUCUACUAAUCUGGCUCCACUGUCCUCCCCCUUCACCCGUCCUAACGAGGUGUCACCUGUAAGCACUUCUUAUGUGUGAGGGACUCCGGGAAUAUUCUGUUUUCCGAAUUUUUUUUUUUGUCCUUUCUAGAGAAGACCGGUUGUGUUGUUUCAACAUUUCUAGAUGAAUUUGGAUGUCUCGGUCUCUCCUCUUUCUUCUGAUCUUUUGAUGUGACCACCGUGGGUUGACCGGGCGAAUAAUGCAUUGCCUUCUCUACGCCCAUGUCUUGUUGAGCUGCUUCAGUUGGGCUUAUUCCUCCUGCCCUUCCCAGUGCAGCUGUGUGUACCAGGGACGGACUGACGCCACAGGGACCAGGUCAGUGCUCUGCAAUGACCCGGAUAUGUCUGACAUCCCUGUUAACGUCCCCCUGGACACGGUCAAACUGCGUGUUGAGAAGACGGGCGUGCGACGCAUCCCCACAGAAGCUUUCUACUACCUGAAUGACCUACGCUACCUGUGGGUCACCUACAACUCCAUUUCCUCUGUGGACGCUGCUGCGUUCUACAACCUCAAGGUCCUCCACGAACUGCGGCUGGACGGGAACCUGAUCUCCACAUUUCCCUGGGCGUCCCUGAAGGAGAUGCCCAGAUUGAGGACACUGGAUCUUCACAACAACCGCUUGACUUCUAUUGCUGCUGAGGCGACCCUGUACCUGGUUAAUAUCACCUACCUGGAUGUCUCCAGCAACCGGCUCACCACUCUGUCUUCGGACCUGAUGGAUAUCUGGCCGCCGUUCAAUGGAAUGCCUGUCACCUCCGAUCUGUCUCCGAAAGUGGUGCUUGGUCUCCAGGACAACCCGUGGGUCUGCGACUGCAGGAUCUCCAAGCUGAUUGAGCUUUCCAAAAUGGCUGACACGUCAGUGGUAUUCAUGGACCAGUUCCUGUCCUGCAGCGGGCCUGAGAAUCUGGUCGGGGUGUUGUUUCAAAGGGCAGAACUGGAACAAUGUCUCAAGCCGUCUGUCAUGAUGUCAGGCACCAAGAUCACAGCCACAUUAGGCAGCAACGUGCUUCUGCGCUGCGAUGCCACAGGUUUUCCCACACCUACCCUCAUUUGGACCACCUCAGAUGGCUCACCCGUGAAUAACACAGUUGUCCAGGAAUCUCCGGGCGAGGGUGUCCGAUGGUCUAUUAUCAGCCUGAAUGGCAUCUCAUUCAAAGACGACGGGCGGUACAGCUGCAAGGCUAAGAACGUGGCCGGUAACUCAGAGGCUUCCAUCACCCUGUCUGUGGCAGGUUAUGUCGCUACAACCAUGAACCAGCAGAUACCAAACGCAGAAACUGGAGGUGAUAGCCAGCCCACCACAACCGCUGCUCCAACAUCAGGCUUCUUAAACUCCGCUAUUACCACGGCAUCCACCGCCGUCCCGGCUGCAACCACACCGCCACCCACAUCGCCACCUGUCCCCGCAAACAAGAAACCCACGCCUGGCAGCGUGCGGCGGGGAGACCCAUCCAAACCAUUCAAGAUCCAAUCAGGCAGUGACAGGAAGCUGGCGGCAGAUCAGAGCAAUAUGAAGGGUGAUUCCAGAAGCAUCCAGGAUCUGGAGGUUGUGGAGGAAACACCGUACAGCGCAGUAUUACUCUGGACGGCCGACGGUUUGCCCGGUGAUGCUCCUCUCACCAUCGUUUACUCCACUUACGAUGAAGUGGACGACUCCAAAAGGACAGUGGAUACCAAUGCCGGGAGUGGCAAAGUACUCCUUGGAGGCUUGACUUCUGGAACGAGGUACCAGGUUUGCCUGGUUGCAAAAGGGAGCGCGGUGAGGAAAGACCCCUGCAUUGACUUCUUCACUCUGGACAUUAUCGAGGACGAUGAUGUCAACCAGGUGCUGAUGAUAUUCAGUGGCGUUACCUGUGCUGUGGUUGUAGCUGUCAUUGGUCUGCUGAUCUAUAAGAUCCUGUCACUGUACUGCAAGAGGAGUGUGCCAGGUUCUGAUGAAGAGCUAUCUAAAGACACAUACGUGAAGUUUGAGACACUCUCGAUGAAGCCGAGGACCUUAAACGUUAAUCCGACUGAAAUGUGGGCCCGCAGGCAAACCCAAGAGUCCCAAGAGAGGAUGCUUCUUUGCUCAAGGUCCAGCAUUGACUCCCAAAUGACAUACAAGAGUGACAGUUCCAGAUCAGAAUUUCUGUGCUAGCUCUAGUUCAAGAAACUACAGGACUCUUAUGAUGAACACUGGAGAUCUUUCAGAAUGGUUGUCAGAUCUUUCCUAAUGAUAUGUUGUAGCCUUAAUUGUUUGGAGAUUUGCCACAAUGCCAGCAUCAUGAUAUUGAAAAUAUUUUUCAAUGGAAACUUAUCAUGAUAGGAAAGUUUCCCUUACCUUGGGACAACAUGUUGUCAUACAGAUGAUGACAUACAUGUCUGUUUUUGGUACAUGUAUGUUCAUAUGUAUAUAUGUAUACAUAAUUCCUAGUAUAAACACAUAAUAUUUGACGUAAAGCAAGAUUCUGAGGGACCAAAAAGUUAAGCCUUUUUAUAUAGAUUUUCUUACCAUAAAGAAAUCAAGGAUCAUGAUAUUGGUAUUAUGCCAACUCUGUUGAGAUGUUGUCUCUGGAGUUUCACACUAGAAUGAAACUCAGUUGAAUACAAUUUUCCAUGAUACUGUAAUGAAAUAAUAUUUCACUGUGAUCACCAUGGCCUAUGUGUAUGUCACUAAACACCGCUCACUAUCCACUUCCAAUGCAUAAGAAAUUGAUCUCAGUUUUCUAUCAGUUGACAUACCUGCUUUCCAAGUCCAUGACCAACAACACACUGUACAUUUUACUGGUGUUAGGGGUGAUAUUUGAAGAUAUUUGUUGCCUUACUCUACUAAAAAGCUAUUUUCUUCUCGAACCCUAGUGUAUUAGAAGAUUCAAUCUGCCCACCAAGCGAGGACACUGUUUCUGUGAAAGUGAUUGUACAUACAGUAUUUGUGCAUAAAAUAUGGUGUUCUUAUUUUUAAUUAAAUAAAUACUUGUUUAUUUCA